AUGCCUGGUAGCUCAGAGAGCCGAUAUAUCAGACUUGAAGGCGAGUCCCUCCGAACUACCUUCGUAGCAAUUAUCAUCCUUACACUCGACCUACAGUUAUCAGUGGAAAGAAUUUUCAAGUCCCUUCUGGGCGCAUUCCCGCUGGUAUCCACAUAUCUGUCAAUGUCGACUCUCGGAGACGCUGGAAAUCAGCCACCAGUUUCAUCAUCACACUCCUCACCUGCGUUGUCAGUGGAGAUCAGGGCGUCCUUUGAGCUUGGUCGAAUGCUUGGCAGUGGUAAGGUCGUUGGAAGACUUAGAAUGCCAUGGAAUGAGCUACUCAGUCAUCGACAUGAGCCAUUCGAUAUAUCCCUCCCACCCGUGCGCGGUGUUUAUCCUUCCCUGAAGCUGAAGGCCACCAUUGUACACGCUUGCAACUAUCAGGACGAUGCACUGUUUGAUCUUUUGCUGACAGAACGCAAAUUGCAGUCCCUCGUAGACUGCAAGAUUGCACGAGACACAGAUGCGGGCCAUGCACAAUUUGUCAAAUAUGUGAGACGCAAGACAGUCUCUCACCUGAAACGUGCCGUAGAGCAUUUUCAGUCGGUUCUGGACCAGUGUCCAGUCAGCCAUCCAGAUCAUGCAACGGCUCUCACCAACCUCGCGUGGGCCCGCCUCUUAGGCUACAUCCGAAAUGAUGUUGAAGACAUCGAUGCCAUCACUUCCCUGUUCCGCGACGCCCUUUCAUUGCGUUCGCGGCACCAUCCCGAUCAUCCCUUAUCUCUAUUCAAUCUUACCGUAGCGCUGAUUUGGCGCCACUCCAAGAAAAGUACUCCUGGCGACAUCCGGGAAGCCGCCCAACUGUAUCAUGAACUACUACCUCUCUGUCCAGAGGGCACCUACCUUCGUAGCAUCGCGGCAGAGAAAAUCGGUGUCGAUUAUGUGAUCAUCGGAUGCAACAAACUUCCAAUAGAUGCAUCUGAUGAGGACAUCCACCUUCGACGAGUCGUCCUCGAUCUCUGUCCUCUGGGCCAUCGACUCCGUCCUGGAGCCCUCGAUGGGCUUGCACAAGCUCUCAACAGGCUUGCACGAACACUUCAAACACGCUUUCAUCAGCACGGCAGCAUCGACGACCUUGACACGAGCAUACAACUCGGUCAUGAAGCCGUGUUUCUGAUCCCCGAGGGACAUGCUGACCGUGUUGCCUACCUGAACGACUUGGCCUUAUCACUCCAGCUUCGCUUCGAGCACCAAGGCAAAACCAACGACCUCGACGAGGCCAUAUUGUUGCAUGAAGAAGCACUGUGCCUGUGCCCUGUUGGGCACCAAUAUCGUGAUUUCUCAUUGGACAACCUAGGGCUCGCCCUCAUCGCCCGUUUCAACAAACGCGGCGACAUUGAUGACAUCACCCGAGCUAUCAGCCUCUAUCGCGAGGCACUGACGUUGCGCCCACCUGGGCAUCCACAUCGUGACACCACACUUAACAACCUUGCCGUCGCGCUCCAAACCAGAUAUAACAAAUUGAAUGUUAGCGAGGACCUUAACGAGACCAUUGAUUUGUCUCGCGAAUCCCUUCGUUUAAAGGAGCUUGACAAUCCAGGGUACCAUGCAACUCUUUUCAAUUUGAGCUCGGCGCUCUGCUCUCGUUUCACGCAAACUCAGAAGAAUGAGGAUGUCGAGGAGGCCAUUACUCUUUGCCAACAAUCAUUGGCGGCUCUGUCUUCACUGCACCCGAGCAGGCAUUUCAGCUACAUAUGGCUGCAGAGGGCCUAUAUGUCUCGUUACCGAAUUCUACACGACCCUGCUGAUUUGUUACUCGCUAUAGAGAACUUCAGACUCGCAUCAGGACAUCCUACUCAAGGCUUUCCGAAUCGUAUUAAAGGCGCCUUGGGCUGGGUUAUUCAAGCUGAGAGUCAUCAACAUGACUCUGCCCUCGAAGCAUACCGAGUAUGCUUUGAGCUUUUCGACAGCCACGUAAUGACGCGAUCGUCGAUCAUUUCACGGCGUGAGGCUGCAACUGCUUUUCUUAGAGCACGAUCACUUCCUGCGGAUGCGGCCUCAUGGCCGUGGCCAGCAGUGGUCGCUGGCAUCUCGACUCAGGACUCCAGUCGAAGACCUCGAGUCGGCAAAUCCGAACUGGCGCACAAUUAUAUGGAGCUGAGCAAACUUGUUUCCGAUGCCGCACAGAGUUCUGCAACCAACGUCGACAGAGCUGCUGCUGAUCGGGCAGCAUCAGAGUAUCGGAGACUUACAAGGCAAUGGGAAGCUGCGGUAGCCGAGAUACGCAAUCUUCCGGCGUUCUCGCGGUUCCUGCUUCCACCUUCAUAUGAAGACCUCCAAGCCGCAGCGCGCCAGGGCCCAGUCAUUAUCCUCGUUGCCAGUCAAUACUCGUGCAGCGCCGUCAUCGUCCCGACGUCAGGAGACCCCCAUCAUGUUCCUUUGCCGUCCAUUGCUGUCGCAGAUCUGAAGAUUCUUAAGGAUCGCUUCACCAGGGCAAUACGAGAUUCAUCUCGGAUGAACCCACGGGAGUCGAGGACGGAUCUCAUAGUGCUGUUGCGGAUAAUAUGGGACCAGAUCAUGCUGCCCAUCGUCGACGUACUCGAGCACGUCCUCAAACUACAGCGCCGCUCUCGAAUCUGGCUGUGUCCCACUGCAGCUUUCACGUCCAUUCCUCUCCAUGCAGCUCACCCGUUCCAAACAAAGGCGGAUCGUUCUGGCAAGGAGCCAUGCCUGGAGGAUCUCUACAUCUGCUCUUACACGCCGACACUUUCGGCUCUGAUCAGAUCUAGACAAUUGAUGAAGAAGCGCGUGCCUCCGUCCUUUGUAGCGAUCGGACAGGGUCAACCAGGUGCAGGGAAGGGCAAGGCGCUCUUGGCCGUCGACAGCGAGCUCGAGCUUGUCCAUAAGCUCGUGCCUGCGACGGCCAACCGCACCACUAUUUCUGGCGACGAAGCCACACGAGCAGGUGCACUCUCAGCUUUGCAGCAGAACACCUGGGUGCACCUCGCUUGUCAUGGCAAGCAGGACCCUACGCAGCCUUAUGAUUCGCAUUUUGCCGAGUUCGCGUUCUUAUCAGCUUGUCACACUGCUGUAGGCGAUGAGGAGACGCCCGACGAAGUGAUCCACCUCGCAGCUGGUCUUCAGUUUUCAGGGUUCAAGAGCGUCGUUGGCACGCUGUGGGAGGUCGACGAUGCUGUCGCAAAACACGUCGUCGAAGCUUUUUACGGGUAUAUGAUCGGAGAUUUGAAGAAAGGUGGUGUCAUGGACUGCACGAGGGCAGCCUGGGCACUGAACUGUGCUACGCAUGCGGUGAAGACGAAAGUGCCGCUCGAGCAGAGGAUGAUUUUUGUUCAUAUUGUUCUUGAGAACCAGUUUGUUAUUCGUUUUUGCAUCAGCAAGUUCCAUACCCGCCUACUUACCACAGAGGAUGUUCUACUAUGCACGGCAGACUACAGACACUUGCGGAGGAAGUUGGCCAUGUCGAAUUUUGCUGGUACCUCAGUGAUAUGAUGUUAUAUAUCGUGUCCAAAAAAGAGCCCAAUCCGAAAAGUAGUCAGACUAAAGCUGCUUGCUUACUUUCACCAAGUCUCGUCGUACAUCCAGGCGACUCGAAUUCUCGAAUCAUCAUGUCGAUGCGUUCUUGAGGAACAUACUAGCUAUACUGGUAGGGCAUUAACGAUACAUCAAUCAAGAACAUACUCGACUGUCUGGACAUUCAGACUUCAUGAAAUACUGUGUGAAGUAUCAUCAGAAGGAAUAUAAUGGAUUAUUUGAGAGACGAUAGUUACAUC